UUUAGGUUUUGUUGCGCAAAAUUUUUAAAUCCAAUGCAAUGGGUAGAGUUCUAAAAGACUUACCUAUUGUUGUUGUUGUAGCAGUGUGUUGCACACUGAGGAGGCAGCCCUUUGCCGAUGAAUGAUUCCGUAGGGUCAAUCUGCUACGAACAACCGGCUGCCAUGGGAUUGGGCUUACCUAUUGUUAUUGGGAUCAGUGGAUUUCCUCUUGCAGAGCCAUAAACCUGGUCACUAACCCAUUUGUGCCAAAAAAAAUUAAUGACAGACGAAAUGAAAACAAGCAAAUAAACAAACUAAAUUAAAAACCAAUGUUUCAGGUUCCUGCGUGUAACUCUGUGCGGAAUUUUUUUGCGACUUCUCCCAUCGGACGCCUCCGUGGGUGGUAGAUAGGGAAAAGCUGGAAUGACAGGACCUUAGUCACUUUUGGCGACAUAACUGUGACUGAUCGGAAGAGAUGCGCCAGGUUGUUCAACCGUCAAUUUAUUGCUCAUCCCGAGAAUGACAGGGCUAGAAGGACAGUCAUUCGUCGUAUCCGUUGUCUCCGAGCCGUUUCAGCUAUCACAAGUUUGGAAUGUCAUCCGUGGCGCCAAGUCAUCCAAGGGUCGUACAGUUGUACAGAACGACCUUUCUUUCCUCAUGGGUAGCCGAGACGCUUGGGGGACUACUUCCGAGCCUCGUUGGAAUAUUGACAUAAUUACCAGAUACAAAUUCGAUGUCAGUGGAAUUUGUCCUAACCCUUUGAAGAUUUCCGCCAUUUUGAACACCUAUGGAUGCAGUAAACUACUACAGAAAAUGCGCAUCUUUGACCGUGAGUUGACCGCGAAUGGAAAUGGAGUAAUGCCUGUGAGAACCCUUUCCAGGAAUUCGAAAACAUCCUGGCUUCCUAACUGAUGCUGACCCAUUAUGAUCCGAGACCCAAUCAAAGUGGCAGCAGAUGCAUCGAAUGUAGGCAUUGGCGCCUACAUUUGCCACAUUUUCCCCCAUAAUUGCGUGAAGGCAGUGUAUCAUGUGUCACGUUCUUUGACACGUGCAGAGCGGAGCUAUUCUUUUCUUUUUGCUUUAAAUUACAUACAUUUUUAUUUUAAUUUUUUCGGCAGAGAAAAUGUCAAGCUUAUACUUUUGCUGUAAAAUUUUGAGAGCACAAAAAUUUCUCUGUUAUUUCAUUUCUCUUUGGAAGACGUCGCACAAUUUUCGCAAAUCGAAAAAUCUUGGAAUUAAUUGGGAAUUUUUAAAUUGAUAGUGAUAUGGACACGAAACUUAACAUAGUCAUAGUUGGUCACCUCGAGCAUGUCCAAUUUUGAAUUGCUUGCCAAACAUUCAUUUAUGGUCCGAUCGGCUUGAUUAUUUUUCAAAAGAUAGAGAGAGUAAAACCUACACAAAACAUGCUAAAAUGUAUUCAUAUUGAUUUCGCUUGUCCUGUGAAUCAAUCAACAUGCCUUUUGAUAAUUGAUGCCUUUUCCAAGUACCAUGAAGUCUGCCAAAUAAAGUCGAUGACGUCAUCAUGACCAAUAGAGUGC